AGUUUAGCUGUCCUUGGAGGUWGUACUUUACGUACCGGUACCAAGGGCGUUUCGUCCCUGCAUUGCGCGUGAUUUUUAGAUCAGAUACGUUUUCUUGAGCUCCUAGUCACACAUCCUGAUGAUUCUGAUCGUCAGCUGAAGGAACUGGCAGGGAAUUGUUGGUGACUCCUUUYUGUCCCUACUAGAAAUAGCAUUUCUUUCCGCCAUUAACAAACGAUGGCUAUCGAAGGAGUUGGGGAUAAUUGGGAACGACAAGAUGACGUUGACGAUUCGAACGGAACGGCGUCGCAAUUGGCAUCUACGAACGCUGCCGAUCUUUUUGAAGAGCAAGAAAAAGCCUUUCAAUACAUCCGAGAUCUGUGUGCUGAGAGUCCAGAUGGCAAAGAUUAUCGGUACAAUGAUCAAGCUUUGGUGAAACUGAGAUCAAUCUUUGACAAGUACCUCGAAAUGCCGUCCCUUUUGGAUCAUCAUCUUGUCAAACUUGUAGACACAUUAACCGACGCAGCGUGUUCCCUACUUGGAGCAUCAACGUUAGAGCUYCAAGCCACGACUAGCUCCAGUAAUAGCGACGGAAAUAGUAAAGGUGAAGAUGAAGAUACAACGCAAGACACGACCAAUAAUGCCGACCACGAUUGGUUCUGGGAUUCGCCACUACCUCGAAUUCUAUCUGCAAUGUAUGCUUUGUCCAAGGUGCGAGGGAGGAAACGUGUGCAAAAGUUCUUGCCCCACCAAGUGGAAAACGUGGAGCCGGUCCUCAACUGCCUCGUCGUACUAGAUGGUUUGGCAAAAAAACAGAGAACAAAGGGAUUUGUUUUGGGAGAAAAUUCCAUCGAUGACGACAUACCAGGAGGACCACAACUCUGGGAGUCAACGUACACUUUAUGGAACUGGAUGGAGAUUCUCGGGAAAGUGCCAUUUGAUUGUGAGGUUGUCAUUGACAGAUCUCAGGUAACAGAACUUCUUCGAUUGGCCACCUCGCACCUCUCCGAAACGGGACCAACGCGAGAAAUGGCGGCUUCCUGUUUGGCUCGUUGGUUGACCCGACCUGACUUGGAAGAGAGUGAAUUUCGAAGUUCCUUUCAACAUUGGUCUAUGAACAUACUAGGGGAUUACGURGGAGAAAUACGAUCUUUGAAAGAAGAAAGAACUAAUGGUGAUCCAGCGGUGUCGAUUCAAAGCAGCACAUUCACGACCAUGGGAGUCUUGCAGACAUUGGUCACGAUACUCAAAAUAUCAACCUCCGAUCGCGAAAAAGUUUUGACAUCAAUCAGGUCCUAUUGGCCACUCAUUGAGAGGAUUCCAGGCGCUAAGAAUCGACCAUCUAAUUUGCUUUUACGAAAGUAUCUCGUGAAGUGGUGGGCAAGAAUUGGAGUCCUUUAUUUGCCACCUCGCAUUGCGUCUUGGCGAUACCAAAGGGGUCGUAGAUCCUUGAAAAGAAACUUACAACGACAGCUGCAACAUAACAAACGAAAUGAAUCACUGCCGAAAGCAAAAACAAUUGCUACAACGGAAGAGGUGAACUACAAAGACAAUCCGGACUACUUCUUUGCAGUCCCUGAUAAGGUUGAGAUUUGCAUGGAACAGCUGCUUGUUUCCCUGAAGGAUACAUCCACUGCAGUAAGAUGGUCGGCCGCAAAGGGAGUGGGGCGUGUAACCGAAAGGUUGCCCGCAGUUUGUGCAGAAGAUGUCAUUGACGCUGUAAUGGAAUUUUUUGACGAUAUGGAAAAUGACAAUGAUUGGCAUGGCGCAUGUCUGACGUUGGCGGAACUGGCACGACGGGGUUUGUUGUUGCCACAUCGACUAAAGGAUGUAAUCCCCAAAAUUGUGGAAGCGAUUCAUUAUGACUUACCUCGCCGUCGGACAAGUGUUGGAGCUCACGUUCGAGAUGCUGCUUGCUAUGCGUAUUGGGCACUGGCUAGAGCAUAUUCGCCUCGCAUUCUCAAACCAUUCGUACAACAACUUGGACAAUCGGUAGUCGUUGCUUUUUUGUUUGACCGCGAAGUUAACUGUCGACGUGCGGCAAGUGCCGCUUUUCAAGAGAUGGUUGGUCGACAGGGAGCUCAUAAUUUUAAGAAUGGCAUCUCGAUAUUGACAGUUGCUGAUUACUUUGCGUUGGGGAAUCGAAAGGAUGCAUAUACCGAAAUCGCCUUACAUAUCGCUCAGUACGAAGAGUAUCAAACAGCAAUAAUCAACCACCUGUAUCAAGUAAAAGUAUCACACUGGGAUCCUUCCAUUCGGCUCCUAGUAUCCCAAUCACUCAACAAGCUGACUCUAGUAAAUCCUCGCUUCAUGGUGGACAAAGUUGUCCCAUACUUACUUGAGAGCUGUUUAGACGAAAAGAACCUACAGUUGCGUCAUGGAGCAACCUUGGCACUAGCAGAAAUAACAUUUGCCUUCGGCCGGAUAAACCAGGACCAGUGCGGCUUGUCUCCGGAUCUUCAGAAGUUAAUUGCAGAAACAGUACCUAUUAUUGAGAAGAAACGUCUAUACAGAGGGAAGGGGGGGGAGCAAAUGCGAGCUGCUGUCUGCCGAUUGAUUGAAUGCAUUGCGAUCUCGCACAUCUAUUUGACGGUACCUCAACAGGUGAGGUUACUAGAUUCCAUCGACGCAUGUCUACCUCAUCCAAACCAAACAAUUCAGGAACAUGCUGGUGAUGCGUUAUUUGCACAUACACGAUCGUACUUUCCUGUUAGUUCGAAAGGCCCUUCUCCUCGUCUACAAAACCGAGUAGUCGACAAGUAUGUCAAGGCGUCGCGAACAAACAUUAACCCUGCAGCGACGAGGGGAUUUUCCUUGGCCCUUGGGCGACUUCCUCCAAARCUCCUUGCUCCUUCUUCGGAGGUUCUCGAUAUGACUUUGUCUUGCCUUUGUCGAAUUUCUCGUCCUGCCGCGAGAGUUGGGACUGAAAAGGAUGCAGAAACACGCAAGAAUGCACUCGUCUCUCUUCGUCGUGUAUGCGAAAAUGUGGGUAUAAWUCCAAAACGAGAUGAAAGCGCGUGCAUUGUUGGACUUUCUAGGAAACAAUUGAAUCAUGUUUUUACUGCUUAUGUGCGAGCGAUGGAAGAUUAUAAUACUGAUCAGCGAGGCGACGUUGGGUCCAAGUGUCGUUUAGCAGCAAUGAAUGGACUUGUUAGUUUGGCAGUUUUGACAACUACCCAGAAUUGUUCAGAAGGAGUCAGAGCAACGUUUUUCUCGAACCAAUUGUGUACCCAAAUAAUAGGAUUGUUUCUGAAGCAAUUCUCAGAAAAACUUAACUUUGUUCGAUGCGAGGCUGCAAAGUGYAUCUUGGCCCUCCUUGUUGACAACAUUUCAGUCGGAAAGUAUGUGACAAAAAGACAAAUGCUACUAGAUGCUCUGACACCUCCGAGUUUCGAUGGCGCCUAUCAAUCCGUGAAUUGGGCYGAUGCAUCAAUCACAUAUCAAAUGGUGAUGAAGGCUGCUGAAAUCGACGAAUACUUCGAGUAUGUUAUUUCAGGUUUGAUACUCAGCACUGGUGGAUUGACAAAAGCUAUCAYAGAAAAUUCUUCACUUGUGUUAAUCCAAUGGGCUCGUAACGUCGAUGAAGUCAAGCUUCGACGCUUGGGAGCAGGUAAGCCAAUCAUGUAUUCGAUUUCAAAAUAGAAAACUGCAGGAAUCGCUUUAUUCGAACACUCUUCGCCUUGCUAAUCUUUCCUUUGGAUUGAAGUUUUCCUUGAUAUUUUCGAAAAGCAUCAACACGAAGGAAGGGUUGUUCUUCCGCUAUUGAAAACUAUUGAUAUGCUGAUGAAUCGAGGAUGCGUAGAAUCUUUAAUAAAUGAGAGAUCMUUCUCCUCAUCCUUACUUGAGAGGCUUUGGGAAGAAUCUCAAUCGUGUAAUGACGUAAAGCGACUGACGGYGAUCCUCAGUGUUAGCACAGGUCUCAUUGUUUCUGCCAAAGGUAGCAAAGAAGCUUUGACAUUUGUCUGCAAAUUUCUUGAACACGAAUAUCCACGAAUACGAAGUGUUGCAGCAGAAAAGCUCUACGUUCGGCUGUUGGAGACUGACCUUGAAUUAGGAGGAGAUCAUGCCGCAACCAGAAUUCUGCUUGAGCACAAUUGGGAAUCGGACUUCACUUCAAUCCAAGGAAUGGAUCGGACUACUGCCAUCCAGGAAGUGACGAGAGCGUUUAAAAUUGAAGAUGGGAUUUUGUGACUUUCAUAGAAUCCCUUUGUUAGGAACUAGCCUCCAAGUAAGCUUCAACACAUAAUGACAAAUAGAGAUGAAUAUACAAG